AUGAGUACUCGUUAUUUAUAUAAAAACACCGAUGUACCGAUUGAGAGAUCAGUUUAUUAUUCGGAAACAAAUCCAACUUCAUAUAUUAUUUGGAGAGUUAUAGAAUCAAGUCGAGUUUUAGAAUUAAGAAAAUUUUUAAUUCCUUCACAAGAAAGUACAAUUAAUCAACCUGGAUCAACCAAUGUACCAGUUAGAUUUAAAUUUUCAGCCAAGAUACUUCCUCAAGUAACAUUCUUUACGGAUCCAACCACUCGUAGUUUACGUUGUACGAUAUUAAUAUCUUCGGGAAUAUUAUAUCGAUUGGAUUUACCGUUUGAUUUAAUUUUUAAUAAAAAGAGUUUAUCCUCAAUGAAUUUUUAUAGAAGAUAUAAACCAAUUUUAUUACAAGGGAAAAUACCAUUCAUGAUGCAUUGUGUUGAUUUUGAUAACAUUAUAAUUAGUUCUAAAGAUGGAAAUAUUUUAUAUUUGAAACAUCAACCGAUUCAUUAUUUUAACAAUUCUACUAAUUUGAGUGGUGUGACUGAUCAAUCUACCAAUGAAGAUUAUUUCCGAGAGAAUCAACUUAUGGGCACAUUAUUAACUCAAUUAAAGAAUUAUAUUCUUCCUUCUCGACGUAAUUUAAUUAUUGAUGAAAAUAAUCAUUCAUAUAAUGAUGAAAUAUUAAAACAACCGAUUUCAUUUGCAUCACAUAUUCAAGGGGAUUCAAAUCUUUAUGUCAUAUAUUUACGUAGAGAUCGUAAUAUUUUGGUUUGGUCAUUAAAUUCAAAUAAACAUCUUGAAAUUGAUCCACUUUCUUCUACUUCACAAGAUGAUGAAAUGAUGGAUACAGAUUUAAUUGAUUCUGAUGAAAUCAUAUUAGGUGAUGGAGUUAGAGUUUUAUCAUCAAGUCCCAUAAGGAAUUCAAUGUCAUUCGAUUUUAUAGUUUAUAUUCCUACUUAUAAUAAUGGAUUUUUUGGAAUUUAUCGAGUAUUUUUGGAUUUAAAUGGUGGAUUAAAACAAUUAAAUUUAAUUCGACGAGAAAUAAAAAGACGUGAAUGGAGAUUAUGGGCUCUUUGGAAACGAAAACUUCAAACCGCUUUAACUUAUACUCAUUUUUAUAUCUCUUAUUAUGAUGCACCUGGAAGUAUUAAUAAUGAUACCGAUCCAAUUAAUAAUGAUUCUGAUAUUAUUGGAAAAAGAUGGGAAUUUAUCAUAAAAACUCCUAUCGAAAAUCAUGAUGAAGGUUAUUUAUAUCAAUUACCAGAUUUACAAUUGGAUCCAAUUAAAAUUUGUUCUGAUUAUAUAUUUCGUCCUGGAAGAUUUUCCGCUUCAAUAAUUAUUAAUUCUUUAGAAAAAUAUUUAAAUUAUAUCGAUUUUUCUAUAAUUCAAGGUGAUGAUCUCUACUCAGAAUGUAAAUCAAUAAUUCAUGAUUAUGAUUAUGAUUUAAAACAAAAAGUUAAAUUAAUUGUGGGCAAACAUAUUCAAUUACAAAAUGAUCCUGAAAAUAAUAUUCCAUUAGAAAAUGAUUAUAAACAACUUGUGAUAAAUGAAUGGAUUCAUUUUAUAUUAUUAUGUAUUAAGGUUCAAGAAUCUGCAAGAUUUCCACUUGGUAUUAAAAUUAUUCAAUCCGGACAUUUCUUGGCAAUAACUCAACAAGAUAGUAUAUCAACCAUUAGAAUUUGUGAUAUUUUAGAAUUAUUUUAUUAUUAUACAAGUAAUGAAUUUAAAUUUUUAAAUUUAUUAAUUCGAUCAAAUGAUGAAUUAUGUAUUGCCUAUCCAAAAUUAGAUACAGUUAAAACAUCAGAUAUGAUUAAAUUCUUUAAAUCAAUGAAUUUAAUAGUUUCCCCAUUUUUAGAUGUUGAUUUAUUAUCACUCGAACGUGAUAUUUGUAAAUCGCUUUGUAAACCUUAUUCUAAUUCAAUAAGACAAAGAAAUAUUGGAAAUAUUACAACUACCGGGGAAAAAAUUAAAACCACAAUAUUUAUGGAUGCUUUAAUUUCAUCAUCAACUGCUGAUGUUAUUCAAUCACAUUAUACAAUAGCUCGUAAUUUAUAUCUUUUACUUAUUUUUAUGGUUUGUACGAAACCUAAUUAUGGAAAUUAUGGAGGAGAUCAAAGGGUAUCAAUGAGUAUGUCAACUCUUUGUAUACAUAUAAUUCUUAAAUGGGUAUCUGAACAAUCCGCAUAUUCCGAAUCAUCAAUUAAUCUUAAACAAAAACAAUCGAAUAGACGAAGACAACAACAACAGGAUAGAUUAAUAACGACGGAAGAAGAAGAAGAUGGAAUGAUUGAAAAGUUUUCAGAUUUAAAUAUUCCCGAAAUACCGGAUUUAAGAUAUAGUUUACUUCAUUCACUUAUUCAUAAACAAUAUCCUUUAUUAUUAAAUUUUCGAAUCUCUUAUUUACCCAUGGUCAUCAUAAAUGGAGUUAAAGAAUUAUUAAAUAAAUUUGAAUUUUUACCUAAUAGUAAUCCACAUUUAAUGAUUAUGUCAACCAAAUCUCAUUCAAAAUUUGGUAGAUUAUUAUUUGUUUCGGGAUUUAUUGAACAUCUUCAACAAUAUGUUCAAUUCUUAUUAGAAACUCCUUCAAGUUUAUUCCUUCAUGGUGAACAAUUAUUAAAAAAACGUAAAUAUGAUAAAGCAGCUGAAAAAUUUAUUCGAGCUGGAGCAGCUUUUACAAAUGAAAUGAUACUUCCGCCUUACACCAGUAAUCCAAUAAUCCCAUCACAAGAUUAUUUACCAGGAAAUUUAACUGGUUACUAUAGACAUGUAGCAACUCUCUAUUUAAAUUGUCAGCAACAUUUUUACGUAAUAAAAUUUUGUACACUCGCUUUGGAAUCAUUUAAGGAUGAACAUCGUCAAAGUCCGGAAGGUUGUGAUCUGGUAUCAAACCUCUGUUCAAUGAUUUUCAGUAAUGCAUUAAAAAUAGGAAUGUUUGAUGAAGCAUAUAAAGCAAUGAUGACAAAUCCCAGACCAACACCACAACAAGCAAAUCUUCGUCCAUUCAUAAAAGAAUUAUGUGAACGAAAACAAAGUAUAAAACUUCAACAAUAUCCAUUUUUGGAUCUUCGGAAGGAUAUGGAACAAAUUCUUGAAUUUCAUGCUCGAAAUCAUAUUCCAUCCGAACCACCUAAUUAUUCGAUGAUUACUUAUUCGUAUUAUAUUUCUCGUAAAGAAUUCAGAGAUGAAAAGAGUGGCUUGGCAUUUGAUAAUUUUCAAAAAGCCAUGACUGAUUUAGCAUCCAGUUAUCUUUCAGCCAUUGACGCUUUAGAACAAGUAAUUCCACCUUCACUUGCUUGGUUUCAUUUUGCACCUCUUUCACUUAGUGAUGGUGAUCGAAAAUCUUACACUCUUGCAAUGGCUAGACUCGAAUUGGGACGGGAAUUUGCUGAAAAAACUGUGACCUCAAUCAAAUCCCAUGAUGCAGUCAAGUUAUGUAGUUAUGCUGGUAAAUUCGAUUUGGCAAUUUCGAUCGCUGAACUAUUUGAUAUUCCUUUGGAUGACAUUUUUGAAAGAAUGACACGAAAAUGUUUAUUACCACUUGAUUCGAAUUCUGAUACAAGUGAUCAUAUAAAAUGGGUUAAUGAUAAUGAGACAACUCAAGUUAUACAUGGUACCGAAAAUGAUAAAGCCUGGGCCAUGUUACGAAAAUAUUUAGAUAAAUUUGAUAAAAAAGAAAUAACACUUUGUCGUUAUAGAGCUGUUGUAUUAAGAACUAUAUUAACCGUUAAUGCUUAUGCAAGUAUUCCAGAAUGGUUAACAUCUUUUUAUAAGACAUAUAAUCAAGAGGAUCAUAUUAGAAUAUUAAUGGAUUUUGGUCGAUUAUCAGAUGCCGCGACAGCUGUUUUGGAAUUAAUGGAAAAGGAAAUUACGGAACACAGGGAGAAACCAGCUUUUCAUUGCUUACCUUGGAAUAUAAUUGAAAGUGUUCGAUCUCUAUUAAAAGAAACGAUAAAUAAUCCUCAAAUACAAGUAGGAAAAGAAAGAUUAUCAAGAUUAAAUAAUGUUUUAGAUAAAGUUACCAAUGAUUAUUUAGAAAUAGUAGCACCGCCAAAAAGUUGA